UAAACAACAGUUGAAUUUAACUACCUGUGUGAGUGUGUGUGUGAGUGUAUAUGUGUCUCUGUGUAAAAUGCAUGGUUCAAAUGCAUGGCCAAGCCUAACAGAGGCAGCGGCAGCGGCUUGCAAUUAAACACAAACAAGAUACAAAAGUAUUUGCAACUGUAAACAGCCAACCACAAAGCCAAUCAAAUUGUUAACAAAUACGAAUAUAUAUACAUACAUAUAUCUAUGUGCAACACAUCGAAAAGCUACAAGAUGCAGUUUUGGAUAACUUUGACAUUUGCAUUGCUCGCGGCUGGCGUAAGCUGCACAGCUCAGGCUGAUACUCCACAGCCAGGCGCGCCUGCUGUGCAAAAGUUCCGCGUUACCCCCCACGAUCUGCAAAUACUGGAGGGCACAGAUACGCUGAUGCGCUGCGAGGUGUCCUCGCGCGCCGGCAAGGUUCAAUGGACAAAGGACGGCUUCGCUUUGGGCUUCUCAGCAGUCAUACCCGGUUUUCCACGCUACUCGGUACUGGUGGACACGGCUCAUGGCACAUACAACUUGCAAAUUAAGAACGCUACGCUCGAGGACGACGCUGAGUACCAGUGCCAGGUGGGCCCGGCAGCUGGCAAUCCAGCCAUACGCGCCAAUGCCAAGCUCAGCAUCGUGGCAGCACCCAGUAGCAUUUCCAUCGAUGGCUAUGCGCGCAAUGCCAAAGUCGAGGUCAUCGAACGUCAAAACCUAACGCUGCAGUGCAUCACCGAGAAUGCUAAUCCAGCUGCAGAGAUAGUCUGGUAUCAAGGCGAGACGCCGUUGACAUUAGAGCCCAUUGUCUCAGUGAAUCAAACGUCGGCCAAGCGCUUCCGCACCAGCUCCACAUUGCAUCUGCAGCCACGCUCUGAGGACGACUAUAAAGAAUACUCCUGCGAAGCGCGCCAUAAGGCUUUGCCCCCUGAUGUACCCAUGCGUGCUCAGGUCCAGCUGUCUGUGCUAUAUCCACCCGGACCACCAUUCUUUGAGGGCUAUAGCCAAGGUGAGACUUUGCGUCGUGGUCAGGAGCUACAAAUAGCUUGUCGCAGCCGUGGCGGCAAUCCCCCCGCCCAGUUGGUUUGGUAUCGCAACGGCGAGGUCAUCAAUUCGCCUCAACGCACCUCAGGUCGCCUCUCGGAGAACGUAUACAAAUUUACGGCCAAUGCAUCGGACAAUGGCGCCAAUUUGGUCUGCGAAGCCAAGAAUCUAUUGUCGAAUACACCGCUGCGGGCCGAACUGAAUCUGACUGUUCUAUACGCGCCGAAGGAUGUUUUCCUGAGCGGGGCAACCCAAGCCAAAGUUGGGGAUGCUGUGCAGCUGAAUUGCGUGACAGCCCCCUCGAAUCCGCCGGCACGCAUCAACUGGUCCAUGAAUGGCCGCCCCUUGGUAAACGGCACCUUCAAGACGACGAGCAGCGCUGAUGGGGGCUGGGUGAGCAGCUCAAACAUUACCUUAAAUAUCGAUUCUCAGAGCCGCACGUUCAUCACCGUUUGUCAUGCGCUCAAUGCGGAGCUCUCCCAGAAUGUUGUUGGUUCCCACACUGUGAAUGUUUUGUAUCCGCCCUCGGCGCCACUGCUGACCGGCUACAACGACGGCGAUAUUCUCGUCUCCGGCUCGAUCCUAAAGCUGCAAUGUAGUUCCGCUGGUGGCAAUCCGCCGCCUACUCUGCAGUGGUAUAAGAACGAUAAGCGCCUAAAUGCCGCAUCGAAGGUAACCGACAGCAAAAUCAGCUCGGAGCUGUCGUUGCUAGUCAAUGCCUCCGACAACAAUGCCAUCUAUAAGUGUGAAGUGCAAAAUGCUGCCAUCGAAAUACCAUUAUUCGCCACAAAGACUCUUGGGGUGCAUUUUCCACCGGAGACCGUCAAGAUUAGUGUUGCGCCCAAGAAUCUAGUGCCUGGCAUUAGGGCCAAACUCAUUUGUGAUUCCAGCUCUAGUAAUCCGCCUGCCAAAAUCAGCUGGUGGAAGGACGGCAUUCCUGUAGAGGGACUUAACUUGGCUAACAGGCCUGGCCUCUGGGGCGGCUCGGUGUCCACCUUAGAGAUGCAUGUGAACAUUACCCAGGAUCUCGACGGCUCCAUCUACACGUGCCAGAGUCACAACGAAGUGCUGCAGCGCAGCGUUCACGAGACCAUCAGCCUGGACAUACUUUUUCCUCCAAAGUUCGAUGUCGCCCAGAUAACCAGCUUUGUGGGUGUUGAGGGCGCACCACUGCAAGUCGAACUGCAUGCUAGCGGUAAUCCCAUGUCUAUUAGCUAUACCUGGACCAAGGAUGGUCUGCCCAUUAGCAGCAACCCGUUGAGCGGCCAGCGAUUGGUAUCAGACGGACCCCGACUCAAUAUAAGUCGCCUAAGCCGCAACGACGCCGGCCUCUAUGUGUGCGAGGCACUCAACACACAAGGCACAGCCAUGCUGGAGAUUCAAGUGAUUGUGGAAUAUGCACCCAUUAUUACCUCCGUCACCGAGGGUCAAAAUUUUGCUUCUGGUGAACAGGCUGUGCUGGCCUGUCAGGUCCAAGCCCGCCCGCUGGAGGCAGCCCAUGUGCGCUGGUCACGGCCUGGCUACGAUUUCGCCACUCGCACCACUUCCUCCUUUGAGAACAACACGGCGCUGCUGCACAUCGAUAAUGUUCAGCGUGGAGAUAUUGGCAAUUUCACGUGCACUGUGGACAAUCAACGCGGACCUCCCGCUGCCCAGAAUGUGGUCCUUGUUGUGCAGACCUCCCCGGAGAUUGAUCACUCGCCGGCGUACACGCGCUUUGCGGCUCGCCUGGGUGUGCGGGCUCAGCUCAUUUGCCGUGCCUUGGCGUCACCACAGCCCAGUUUUAUUUGGCGUCGCCAUGGCAAGGACUUGAAGAUGCAACGGCGCAACAAGUUCACGAGCGUCGAGCGUCAGGUGGAUCCACUUCACUUCGAAUCGGCCUUGCUUGUGGAGAGUACCUCGGCCGAUGACUAUGGACAGUACGAGUGCGUGGUCCGCAAUUCCAUGGGCCAAGCCAGUACCACUCUGGAGUUCAGUAAGCCCACGCGUCCGGACACGCCCCUGCAGUUGCGAGUGGGCAAUGUCAGUGACACGAGCGCAGAGCUGAUGUGGACACCUGGCUUUGACGGCGGCAUGCAGGUCUACUAUCGUGUGCGCUACAAGCAGCACGGCGAGGACAAAUACAAGUAUGUAGACGCUAAGGUAGGCCAACAGAAUAUCACGCUGGAGAGCCUGAAGCCCGGCGGCACAUACUUCUUCUCCGUGAUGGCGCACAAUGAGGCAGGCGGCAGCAAAUUUAUGCCUGACAUCAAGCUAACCCUGAGUAAGGGCUCGCAGCCCCAUUCUGCGGAAUAUACCGAAAAGGAUGAGCUGCCCAAUGUGAUGAUCAUUGGCAUCACCUCGGCGGCCAUGGUGCUGCUGGUACUGAAUGCAGCGCUUGUGGCCUGGUUCGUUAUACGCCGUCAGAAUAAGUCGCAGGGCGAGACGGAGCCCAGCAACGAUGACGCCUACUCCAAGGAUGAUAAUCAGUCAGUCUAUAAGCUGCCCAUCACUGCAUUGCAGGCGGAUGUGCAGAAAAAGGCGGCCGCGUCGACAUAUCUUGUGGAGAACGUAGACAUCAUACAGUCCACGGCCUAUCCGCCCAAAUAUCAGGAGAGCUCCAUGUGCACGCCCCCCUACCCGCUGUGCAAUCCAGACUUCACGCGCACCCUGCCCAAUCCCAAGCGGCACAGUCAACGCAACAGCGCCACUGGCCUAAUUGAAGGCAUGCCCAUGCGCGCCAAGGAUGACCAUAUGUUGAUCUCCAAUGGCCUGUACAUACCAUCACCUUCGCCCGCCUCCUCGCUGGUCAUCAAAGGCAGCUACAUAUCAUCGCCAUCGCCAGCGCCGCCAGCCGAUGGCUCCUACUUUAACAUGAGCGACAAGUACAUGUCCUAUCCGCCAGUGACCUACUAAGCCGAAUGACGAAAGACAACAAACACCAGCCAAGCCCAGCUGGACUGAUUGACAUCACACAUCACAACAAAAC